UCCUUUUCUUCGUAGAAACGGCCUGCCUGGCACAUAAAUCCCAGUAGACAGCGUGGCUGCAGGCCGUCGAGCUGGAAUUCCCUGCGGCUUGCUGAGCUGAGCGUGUUUGGAGUGUGGCGUCCCAGCCUGCAGCGUGCGUCAUGCCAGCUUUGUCCACAGGUUCUGGUAGUGACACAGGUCUGUAUGAACUGUUGGCUGCUCUGCCAGCCCAGCUGCAGCCACAUGUGGAUAGCCAGGAAGACCUGACCUUCCUCUGGGAUAUGUUUGGUGAAAAAAGCCUGCAUUCACUGGUUAAGAUUCAUGAAAAACUACACUACUAUGAGAAGCAGAAUCCCAUGCCCAUCCUGCACAGCGCGGCAGCCUUGGCCGAUGACCUGGCUGAAGAGCUUCAGAACAAGCCGUUAAACAGUGAGAUCAGAGAGCUGUUGAAACUACUGUCAAAACCCAAUGUGAAGGCUUUGCUCUCUGUACAUGAUACUGUGGCUCAGAAGAAUUAUGAUCCUGUAUUGCCUCCUAUGCCUGAUGAUAUUGAUGAUGAGGAAGACUCAGUAAAAAUCAUCCGUCUGGUCAAAAAUAGAGAACCACUGGGAGCUACCAUUAAGAAAGAUGAGCAGACAGGGGCCAUCGUUGUGGCUAGAAUCAUGAGAGGAGGAGCUGCGGACAGAAGUGGUCUUAUUCAUGUUGGUGAUGAACUUAGGGAAGUGAAUGGGAUACCAGUUGAGGAUAAAAGGCCCGAGGAAGUAAUUCAGAUUUUGGCUCAGUCCCAGGGAGCAAUUACAUUUAAGAUUAUACCCAGCAUCAAAGAGGAGACACCAGCUAAAGAAGGCAAGAUGUUUAUCAAAGCCCUCUUUGACUAUGACCCUAAUGAGGAUAAAGCCAUUCCAUGUAAGGAAGCUGGGCUUUCUUUCAAAAAGGGAGAUAUUCUUCAGAUUAUGAGCCAAGAUGAUGCAACAUGGUGGCAAGCGAAGCAUGAAGGUGAUGCCAAUCCCAGAGCAGGCUUGAUUCCUUCAAAGCACUUCCAGGAAAGGAGAUUGGCUCUGAGACGACCAGAAAUAUUGGUUCGGCCCCUGAAAGUUUCCAACAGGAAAUCAUCUGGUUUUAGAAGAAGUUUCCGUCUUAGUAGAAAAGAUAAGAAAACAAAUAAAUCCAUGUAUGAAUGCAAGAAGAGCGAUCAGUAUGAUACAGCUGACGUUCCCACAUAUGAGGAGGUGACCCCCUAUCGGCGACAAACUAAUGAGAAAUACAGACUCGUUGUCUUGGUUGGUCCGGUAGGAGUAGGUUUGAAUGAACUGAAACGAAAGCUGCUGAUCAGUGACACACAGCACUACGGUGUGACAGUGCCCCACACUACCAGAGCAAGAAGAAGCCAGGAGAGUGAUGGUGUUGAAUACAUUUUCAUUUCCAAGCAUUUGUUUGAGACAGAUGUACAAAAUAACAAGUUUAUUGAAUAUGGUGAAUAUAAAAACAACUACUACGGCACAAGCAUAGACUCAGUUCGGUCUGUCCUGGCGAAAAACAAAGUUUGUUUGUUGGAUGUUCAGCCUCAUACAGUGAAGCAUUUAAGGACACUAGAAUUUAAACCAUAUGUGAUAUUUAUAAAACCUCCAUCAAUAGAGCGUUUGAGGGAGACAAGAAAAAAUGCAAAGAUUAUUUCAAGCAGAGAUGACCAAGGUGCUGCAAAGCCCUUUACAGAAGACGACUUUCAAGAAAUGAUUAAAUCUGCACAGAUAAUGGAAAGUCAAUAUGGUCAUCUUUUUGACAAAAUUAUAGUAAAUGAUGAUCUCACCGUGGCAUUCAAUGAGCUAAAAACAACUUUUGAUAAAUUGGAGACAGAUACCCAUUGGGUUCCAGUGAGCUGGUUACAUUCAUAACUAAGGGAAAUUUCCAUAAUGACUUUUUCUUUUUUUUUUUUUUGUAGUGUGCAUGUUAAAUCAGUUAGCAUUUUGGUGGUAGGGUUUUUUAAUCUAUGUCACUGUUAUAGAUGAGCAAUCUUGGUUAAAACUGAAUGUUGAUUUUGUUUGUAUCUUUUUACAGCCUUAUUUCAAACAGUGUUUGAGUAUAAGAUCCGAAAUCAAAAUUUGCAGAGUACUGUAUUCUGAGCAAAGCUUUGAACCUUCUGGUUGUCUUGAAUAUGCAGCUCUAUCUGCAAGAUGAGGCUGAACUUUAGAGAGGCAUCGCUAGAGGAUAUACAUUGGAGUGCAGUGCUUCGGCUGGUCUCAGACGUGGUCACUGCCAUCACGUUCUCAUAUUAGCAGGUGAAAGUAUUAAUUUAGCCGCCUUGGCAGCUCCAGACAGACGGGACAGCUUUGCUGUCUUUUGGGUGGAUCAUCAUAGAUUCACCUG